AUGGAUCUAAUGGAGGAGGGAAACGUGAGCUGUGGAGUUAAAAACUGUAGCACGCCAGGCUUCCUGAGAAACUGCUCCAACCAAGACUGCCAGGAGGAGGAAACAAUGGCGGCAUGGAUCUUCCUUGUGUGUGGAACAGUGAUUAUCAUUUCACUGAUAAUCUUCGGCCUUGUUGGAAAUACACUGACUCUUCUGGUGGUUUGGCUCCGCCCAAACAUGAGAAGCUCCUCCCACCUCUACCUGAGCAGCAUGGCUGUUAGUGACCUGCUGAUCCUCCUGCUGCUUGCUCUGGAUCUAUUGAAGUUCUGGACAGAAUGUAAGUUAGGAGUCAUCGUCUGUAAGCUGAGCAGGUUCCUGUCACACUGCUGCAUCUUCUGCACCAUCCUCCAUAUCACCUUUCUCUCACUGGAGAGGUACCUGGUUGUCUGCUGGCCAAUCACCUCAAAGACGCUGGUGACACGUCGCAGAACCUGGGCUCUGAUUGGCUGCCUCUGGCUGGGAGCGGCUGUCAGUGCAGCACCAUUUUUGGUCAUGAUGGAAGUGAAGAUAGAGAAGGAAGUGGAUGAUAUGAAGAGAGAGGUUGAAAAGGAAGUGUGCAGAGUAUCAGAAUCCUCAUUCUCCUCUGGCCUCAUGUUGGCCAUGAUAAUUCUCCAAAACCUUUACGUCCUGGUAGCCUUGUGCAUCCUGGGACUGGUCUUCAUCCUGAUUGGACGGACUCUGAGGCUCCGACCACAAAGAAGCCGUAAAGACAAGAGUCACCAACAUGCAGUCAAGAUGCUGGGAGUGAUCUUCUUGGCCUUCAUCCUGUGCUGGCUGCCCUACAUCGUCGCUCUGACCAUGAUCUAUGAUUCUUUGACAGCUGUCUGA